AUGGAUACCACUCUUCUCCCUCGCUUUACUGCCUGUUUACCAUCCUCUCGUGUAUACGCUAUUGAUGUCAGUCAUAGCCGUAUGCGGCCACGAAACGGUGCUGAAAUCACUACAUCACCUAGACUGAUUAGACAUUUUCUGAAGUAUAUUCGCCAUGAUAAAGUUCGUUUAACCCCGUCUUUUAUCCGUACUUUCCUCCUGGUUUCUGCUGCCACACAAGCUGCCCAGUCUUACUCGCCGGUUACUCACACCAGUGUAGACUUUUUACCCUUUCUUGAAACUCUAUGUCUAAUACCAUCUGGUGGUAUCUGA